AUGUCUUUCUCUGUCUCUGUUGUUUUUGUCCUAUUUAAAAUGUACUGGCUAUCUAGAUGGAUCGUUAUACAACGACGACCAGUCGACGAGUUCUAUUUAUACUUGUUUGAGUGUCCAACCAUCAUCAUUGGACUAGCUCACUCAAUCAUUGCAAUUGCCAAGGACAAGAGAUAA